AUUUCAGAGAACAGUUCAGUCGGCCUUCAGCUACUCUACAACUACCCUCCAUUCCCAGACAGUGUGAAUGGAACAUUGAAGUAGGUCCCCCAACUCUUGCUGAAGUUCAAAAGGCUAUAGUUAAUCUGAAACGAGGAACGGCAGCUGGUCCAGAUGGAUUGGCUCCAGAGGUCUUUAAGGAUGGUGGUCCAAUUUUAGCGAUUAGGUUGACUAAUAUUUUAGCUAAGAUCUGGGAGUUAGACGUUAUUCCAUCUGGUUGGUCACAAUCACUUAUCGUCCCAAUAUAUAAGAAAGGGUCAAAAUCAUCCUGUGACAACCACAGAGGGAUUAGUUUAACUAAUAUAGUAUCUAAAAUACUAGCCUCGAUAAUUAUCAGACGCCUAACUAAGACUUGUGAACUGCAAACACGAGAGAAUCAAGCUGGUUUCAGACCUGGUCGUGGCUACAUCGACCACAUAUUCACCAUUCGUCAGAUUCUAGAACACAGGCAUACUUAUCGGCGUCCGACAAUGGUGGUCUUUCUCGACUUAAAAGCAGCAUUUGACUCGGUAGACCGCGAGAUUCUGUGGCAGUGUCUGUCAUUGAAAGGCGUACCUCAGAAGUACAUAAACCUUGUAAAAGCUCUUUACUCGAACACUACUAGUCGAGUCAGAGCUUAUGGUUAACUGUCAUCCACUUUUGCAACCUCAAGUGGUGUCCGUCAAGGCUGUCCACUUUCCCCAUUUUUGUUUAACUUCAUCAUAGAUCUACUGAUGGAAAUAACUUUCUCGUCGACUGAGUUCUCGGGUAUUGAUCUCCUACCAGGAGGUCCACUUAUCGACUUAGAAUACGCAGAUGACAUAGUCCUGUUUGGUGAAGACGCUGACAAAAUGCAGAGUCUUCUGGUAGCACUGAGCAACAAUGCCAGAAUGUUUGGAAUGCGCUUCUCUCCCUCUAAAUGCAAGUUGUUGCUUCAGGACUGGUCUGCGUUAACACCUGAACUAAGGAUAGGGAGUGAAGUAAACGAAUGCGUUGACAACUUCACUUAUCUUGGAAGUCUGAUCAGCCCUAACGGGUUGGUAUCGGACGAAAUCUCAGCACGGAUUCGAAAAGCUCGAUUGGCUUUUGCCAACUUACGUCACCUAUGGCGAAGGCGAGAUAUCCGUCUAUCAAUAAAAGGACGAGUAUACUGCGCGGCAGUCCGUUCUGUUUUAAUUUACGGUAGCGAAACAUGGCCAUUAAGAGUAGAAAACACUCGUAAGCUACUAGUAUUUGACCACAGAUGCCUUAGAAAUAGUGCUGGUGUCUGCUGGGAUCACCGGGUAAGUAAUAGUGAGGUUAGACGCAAGGUAUUAGAGAAUGGUGGUAAAUCAGUUGAUGAGGUUGUGAAUCUUCAUCGACUGAGAUGGUUGGGCCACGUGUUACGUAUGCCUGAAUACCGAUUACCACGACGUGCAAUGCUAACCGGUGUUGGGAAUGGUUGGAAGAAGGUUAGGGGUGGCCAAACCAAAACGUGCUUGAAGUCACUAACUUCUAGUCUGAGCCAUGUUGGUAGAUGCAGACUACUUGGUUGGGGUCCGCGUGACUAUCGUAACCAAUGGUUGGAGACUCUUGGUGACAUGGCUCAGAAUCGAUCACAAUGGCGUCGGUGUAUACACUCCCUGUCUUCCCUUAAAAUAAGAGAUUAAAAUCACUUCAUAUCUUUCUUUCUACGAACCAAUUGUUUCUUCUUGUACUAUAUCUCUAUAUGCAAUCUUUCUCUUACAUAUUACUACCUUUGACCUAACCACUGCUAUGAAUCCGGUGUUCAUCUUGUUGUGCUGAUGCGGUAUGGCAACCUGGACCGAUGCACAUAUGUGCGUGGUCCUACGUUGUAGCUGACUGACUGACUGAAUUCAGUUAGAAUGAUCUCAUAUCAAAUGUGGUUAAUCCUCACCAUGAAGUCACUUCUAGUAGAUCCAAUAGUCAAUGUAAGAAGUAUGUUUUAAAUAAAGCCACAUUAUUUGUGACUUGUGGAUAUGAAGAUCCCACAUUAUUUCAUAGGAAAGUAUCGUGUUGGGAAAUCUAUGGUUCGGACUCUAGAUAUCAUUGAUCCAAGUACACAACCGGCAUGUUGAUCAAAUACAAUUCCAGGAACCAAGUGAGUCUGUUCCAAUUUCGGUUGUUAAUUCCAAUACUGAUGAGUACAUCCUAAAUCAUACAGAGUCUACAUCCAAUACACAGUCGAACAAACACGGCAAACCUAAGGAAAAGUACAAUUGAUUGCAGAAAUUUGGAUCCCUAUUUAAGCUGUGGUGUUUGUACAAACUAAUGAUUACUUUGUGCUUGAUUUCUCGCUUAUUACCAAGUCCAAAUACAACACAUUAAUUUGUGCUCA